UGAUCGCUUUUUACAUACGUUCUCUCUCACUAUACAUUCUUUACGAAAAUAGCACCAACCUCUCCUCAAAAUCUAUCAACUAUGAAGCUCUCCACCAGCCUUUUCGCCUUUCUCGCUUCCAUCACUGUGGUCUCUGCCGCCCAAAAUGAAGGCUAUAUAUCAAAAGAAACCAAAUCCAACGCUCAGCAGUUACCCCCUUCAAGGGACUUCAUUGCAAUGUACAACGUCACUUCCAGAGAUGCCGCUGAGCUGCGAAUCAAAGAAGUCAUCGAGAAGCUCGAGGCUAAGCUGCCCAAACACAAGCGAGGUUUGACCAACAUUCGAACUUUCAGCAACAAUCGCACAGCUGGUGCUGUUGUCAGUAAUCAUGGUCACGAGGGCUGUAUGGGGGCGGUUGCAGACAUUGCAGAAGUGGCCAUGGUUGAGGAAGCAGUUGACAUUCAGUCUUUCGUCACGCAGAAAAUCAACACCACUUGGGGUCUACAGCGCAUCUCCAACAGUGCCGGCGCAUCCGGUAACCCCGUGGCUCGUGACUACACUUACUCGUUCGAGGACGAACAACUUGGAGCUGGUGUUGAUAUUUAUGUCGUGGACACCGGUGUCCGCAAAUCACACGCUGUUUUCACGGGACGUGCACAGGAGGAUGAAUUUUCUUUUAACGUCACGGCCGCAGACGGCGAUGGACACGGUACUCAUUGUGCAGGCACAGCUGCAGGUGCUAGAUUUGGCGUUGCCCAGGGCGCCAAUGUCUUCGCAGUGAAAGUCCUAGGAGAUGAUGGAUCCGGUUCUUCUUCCGAUACUAUUCUUGGUAUUGAUUGGGUCAUCAACAACCACGAGAAGCGCAAGCAAGAGCUUGGAGAUAAGUUUGUUGGCUCAAUUAUGAGCAUGUCCUGGGGACUUCAAGGCACCGCUGAAGCCGUGGAUAGGAUUAUCCUUGGUGCUUCCGAGGCUGGAAUUCAUAUUUCGGUCGCUGCUGGCAAUGAUGGUACCGAUGCAUGCCUGUCAACACCCUCUCAUAACGGCGGCGCCAAUUCCAACGUCGUGACGGUGGGCUCAGUCAACAUUCAGAAUCAAGUUUCCGGGUUUUCUAACAUUGGUCCCUGUGUGGACAUUUACGCCCCUGGAGAGGAUAUCGUCUCGUCCUGGAAUACUGGAGACAACAUCAUCAACACCCUCUCGGGAACUUCCAUGGCCUGCCCUCACACUACGGGUGUCAUGGCCUACCUCAUGGCCCAAGACAAGAGCCUUGGCCAAAAUCCCGCCGCGCUAAAGGCAAAACUGCUCGAGACAGCACGGAAGAACGCUUUCGUGGGCAACACCGCUGGCAGUGCAAAUCUUCUCUUGAGCAAUGGUGUCGACGGUGGCGUCACUGCUCGUCGCUUGAUGAAGAAUUACGUUGUUCCUAAACGUGACGGCAAGAGGAGCGCCGGUGGAAGCUUCGCGAGCUGGGCCUCCAACGUCGUCAGGAGGGUCGAUGAGAAAUGGGAGCUUCAUUCCGCGGUCACACAAUUGCGCUUUUAGAUGCAGGUGAAAUGACACAAGAUUUUCAUGGUUUUAGGGCCCCUGUGCGUU